AUGGAUGGAAUAGAUAUCUACAAAGCUAGUAACAGUUUAAGGUUAGGAAGUUCAAGAAGAAGCCGCAAUGGAAGAAUGGGGAGUUUAAGAUCCGGAAGUACUUCUCUAUGGAGGAACACUGGGAUGGAUGUGUUUUCGAGGUCUACUCGUGAAGAAGACGAUGAAGAAGCUUUGAAAUGGGCUUCUCUUGAAAAGCUUCCAACGUUUGAUCGAUUGAAGAAAGGUUUGCUUUUUGGAUCAACUGGACCUCCACAAGAAAUUGAUGUUGAUAAUCUUAGCUUCGAAGAGCGAAAGCGAUUACUUGACAGGCUUGUAAAUACCGCUGAUGAAGAUAAUGAGAAGUUCUUGUUAAAGCUCAGGAACAGAAUUGAUAGGGUUGGGAUUGAUUUGCCAACAAUUGAAGUUAGAUUUGAGAAUGUGACUGUGGAGGCAGACGUUAAAACAGGAAGCAGAGCUUUACCUAGUUUUAUAAACUUCCAUAUUGAUUUAUAUGAGAUGUUCUUGAGCUUAUUCCAUCUGCUUCCAAAUACGAAAAAGCAUAUAACCAUCCUUGACGAUGUUAGCGGGAUUGUAAAGCCUAGCAGAAUGACAUUACUUUUGGGCCCUCCGAGUUCUGGGAAGACGACACUCUUGUUAGCCUUGGCUGGUAAGCUCGACAAGGAACUUAAGAGUUCUGGGAAGGUGACAUACAAUGGGCAUGAGUUACAUGAGUUUGUACCUGAAAGGACCUCUGCUUAUAUUAGUCAAUAUGAUACUCAUAUUGGAGAAAUGACUGUCAGAGAAACCUUGGCUUUCUCUGCACGAUGCCAAGGGGUCGGAUCACGUUAUGAGAUGUUGGCAGAGUUAUCAAGAAGAGAGAAAGAUGCUAACAUUAAACCCGAUCCUGAUAUUGAUAUCUUCAUGAAGGCUUCGGCAUCCAAAGGACAAGAGGCGAAUGUGGUGACAGAUUAUACUCUCAAGUUGUUGGGGUUGGACAUCUGUGCAGACACUUUGGUAGGGGAUCAAAUGAUAAGGGGGAUCUCAGGUGGGCAAAAGAAGCGUGUUACAACAGGUGAAAUGAUUGUCGGACCAUCGAAGGUUCUUCUCAUGGACGAAAUUUCUACUGGUUUGGAUAGCUCUACAACUUUCCAAAUUGUGAAAUCGCUUAGACAAUUUCUUCAUAUACUUGAAGGAACUGCUGUCAUUUCCCUUCUCCAACCGGCCCCGGAGACCUAUGAUUUAUUUGAUGACAUUAUUCUUUUAACUGAUGGGAAAAUUGUGUACCAAGGACCACGCGACAAUGUGCUAGAGUUUUUUGAAUUUAUGGGAUUCAAAUGCCCCGAGAGGAAAGGCGUUGCAGAUUUCUUACAAGAAGUGACAUCAAGGAAAGAUCAAGAACAAUACUGGAUGAGAAGAGACGAGCAUUACCGAUUCGUGACUGCCAAAGAAUUUGCGGAGUCAUUUCAGUCAUUCCAUGUUGGAAAGAGACUCGGGGAUGAUCUUUCCACCCCCUAUGAAAAAUCCAGAAGCCACCCAGCUGCUCUUACGACCGAAAAAUAUGGUUUAAGCAAAAAAGAGCUCUUAAAAGCUUGCGUUGAGAGAGAAAUCUUACUCAUGAAGAGAAAUUCAUUUGUUUACUACUUCAAAUUGACCCAACUAUUUGUCAUGGCGGUAGUGUCUAUGACAGUAUUUUUACGAACCAAGAUGCAUAGAGACACCAUAGAAAAUGGAGGAAUAUAUUUGGGUUCCCUAUUCUUCGGUGUGGUUAUGAUCAUGUUCAACGGGAUGUCUGAGAUUUCAAUGACGAUUGCAAAGCUUCCAGUGUUCUAUAAACAACGAGACUUCCUGUUUUAUCCGUCAUGGGCAUACGCUCUGCCUUCAUGGAUCGUCAAGAUUCCUGUUUCAUUUAUUGAAGCUGGUUUAUGGACUAUUCUCACUUACUAUGUAAUUGGAUAUGAUCCCCAAUUCACAAGAUUUAUCCGGCAAUUCUUUUUACUUUUAGCGGUUAAUCAGAUGUCUUCUGCAUUGUUUCGAUUCAUUGGGUCAUUGGGUCGGGACAUGAUUGUUGCGAACACAUUUGGUUCAUUUGCGCUUCUCUUAGUCUUUGUAUUGGGGGGCUUUGUUCUUUCUCGAGAUGAUGUGAAGAAGUGGUGGCUAUGGGGUUAUUGGGUAUCUCCGAUGAUGUAUGCGAUGAAUGGAAUCGCGGUUAAUGAAUUUCUUGGGGACAGGUGGAAGAAGCCUAUAAAUGAUACGACACUAGGGAAAACUAUCAUCACUUCCCGAGGGUUCUUCGCAGAGGCUUAUUGGUAUUGGAUUGCGGUUGUGGCUUUGGUUGGAUUCGUAUUUCUCUUUAAUAUCUGUUUCACUCUAUGUCUAGAAUUUCUUUACCCUUUUGGGAAAUCCCGGCCGACUGUAUCAAGUCAGAGUGAGAGUGAUGAGAGCGUUGUUGAGCCAACACCAACGGUUGGGAGCCAACAAAGCAAGAAGAAAGGAAUGAUUCUACCGUUCCAACCACUUUCACUUACUUUCAAUGAUGUCAAAUACUCCGUGGAUAUGCCACAGAGAAUGAAGGAACAAGGAGUGGAUGAAGAUAGAUUGCUGCUACUUAAGGGCGUGAGUGGAACUUUUAGACCUGGCGUUCUAACCGCGCUAAUGGGAGUUAGUGGUGCGGGGAAAACUACUUUGAUGGAUGUACUAGCAGGAAGAAAAACCGGCGGGUAUAUUGAGGGCGACAUAAGGAUUUCAGGGUACCCAAAGAAACAAGAAACAUUUGCUCGGAUUUCUGGAUAUUGUGAACAAAACGACAUCCAUUCGCCUCAUGUAACUGUGUAUGAAUCCUUGCUCUACUCAGCUUGGCUAAGGUUGUCACCAGAUGUUGACGAAAACACUAGAAUGAUGUUUGUUGCGGAGGUGAUGGACCUUGUAGAGUUGAAUCCAUUGAGAGACGCGCUAGUCGGGCUGCCUGGUAUUAAUGGGCUCUCCACUGAACAACGAAAAAGGUUAACCAUAGCAGUGGAGCUCGUAGCCAAUCCUUCAAUUAUCUUUAUGGAUGAGCCGACAUCCGGGCUGGAUGCGAGGGCGGCUGCUAUUGUGAUGAGAACAGUUAGAAACACGGUUAACACGGGAAGAACAGUUGUGUGCACCAUUCAUCAACCUAGCAUUGACAUAUUUGAAGCUUUCGAUGAGUUGUUCUUGAUGAAAAGAGGAGGAGAAGAAAUAUAUGUUGGACCUAUAGGACGUAAUUCAUGCGAACUGAUAAAGUACUUUGAGGAUAUCGACGGGGUAGCGAAGAUAAAAGAUGGAUACAACCCUGCAACAUGGAUGUUGGAAGUCAGCACAUCAUCUCAAGAACUAGCAUUAGGAGUCGAUUUUGCUGAAAUCUAUCGAAAUUCAGAACUAUUUAGGAGGAACAAGGCCCUUAUUGCUGAAUUAAGCAUACCAUGUCCUGGUACGAAAGACCUCUAUUUCGCGACCCAAUACUCGCAGUCUUUCUUUGUCCAAUGUAUUGCUUGCCUAUGGAAACAACGACAAUCCUACUGGCGGAACCCUUCUUACACUGCCGUCCGUUUUGCUUUCACAGCCUUUAUCGCCAUCAUGUUUGGUACUAUGUUCUGGGAUCUCGGUAGUAAAAGGAAAACCCAACAAGAACUAUUUAACGCAAUGGGUUCCAUGUAUGCGGCUGCUCUCUUCCUCAGUGUCCAAAAUGCAUCAGCAGUGCAACCAGUCGUAGACAUCGAACGUACUGUCUUUUACAGAGAACGAGCUGCUGGAAUGUAUUCUGCUCUUCCAUACGCACUUGCUCAGGCACUGGUGGAGAUACCUUAUAUUUUCACACAAACCGUCGUUUACUGUCUCAUAGUUUACGCUAUGAUGGGAUUCCAAUGGACAGCAGCCAAAUUUUUUUGGUACACAUUCUUCCAGUUCUGUAGUUUGCUGUAUAUGACAUACUACGGGAUGAUGACUGUCGCAGUCACCCCCAAUGCCAACAUUGCUGCCAUCGUCGCGUUCUUUUUCUAUGGUGCUUUUAAUCUGUUUUCGGGCUUCAUCAUCCCUCGACCUAAAAUUCCUGUGUGGUGGCGAUGGUACUACUGGGGUAAUCCGCUGGCGUGGACAAUCUACGGCAUGGUGGUGUCACAGUUUGGUGAGUAUGACGACUUACUUGCGAACGGGGAGACUGUGAAGGGGUACAUGAAUCGGUAUUUCGGCUUCAAACAUGAUUUUCUUGGUGCGAUCGCUGGAGUUCACAUCGGAUUAGUUCUUGCUUUUGCGUUUAUAUUUGCUUAUUGCAUCAAAUCUUUCAAUUUCCAGAAGAGAUAGAUCUAAUUCAGAUGUUUGAAACAUUCGUUUUUUUGUGUUGGAUUAAUCUUGACAGGUCAAGUCGGGUCGUUAGAAGUAUUUACUUUAAUUGGGUCAGUAAGUUUUUAAUGGGUCAAGUUUUCUUAAUUAGUCAUUUUUUUUUAUGUUGAAGUGUUUAGCAAGAUCAAGUUAAUGGGUUAGUGUCCCAAAUUAUUAGUUGGUGGGUUAGUGGGUCUUUGUUUUAUUCUAUAUAUGUAAUGUACAUUUUCUUUAUGAAUGAGAAGUAGGGUUUUGGUAA